AUGUAUACCAAUGUGAUUAACUUUUCACCUAGGAUUGGACACCCACCCCCUUCUAAUUGGGUUAAAAUAAACUUUGAUGGCUCUGUCCGGAACAAGGCUGCGGCUAGAGGUUUUGUUUUAAGAUCUGAUGAUGGAAAACCUCUUGUUUCUGCUGCCUUCAACUCUGGUAAUGCCAGUGUUCCUCUUGCUGAAGCGUUGGCACUUAGAAACAGCUUAUUUUGCGCUAAGGAGAAAGGUGUGUUGAAGGUCGAAAUGGAGGGCGAUUCAAAACUCAUUAUUGACAUUGUGAAUGGAGUUUGUGAUCCCCCUUGGAGGCUUCUGAAGGUUGUUCAAGACAUCAAGUUGCUAAGUUGUAACUUUGAGUCCAUUAGGUUCAAGCAUGUUUUUAAGGAGGCCAAUUUUGUGGCCAAUGCUUUGGCAAAUCUAGGGCAUAGAGUUGAGUUUAGUAGGCUUUGGGUGGAGUGUGUUCCCCCAGAAGCCUCACUCGCUCUUGCGUUUGAUUCUGUAAACUCUGGGUGUCGUCGAGGCACCUCUAUUUAA